AUUGUUUUUUGAUGAAAGUAUGUACAGGAGAUGAGUGUUUUGUACACGCCUCGAAUGAAUGAGAUUGCUGUGCAAAAAUUCUAAUUGACAGGAUAUUAGUGACUGGGGACUGCUGACAACGAUUGUUGUCCUCUAAAUUUUGCAAGUCUUGGCUGUCAUCUGCUUUCAAAUAGGAGGGUUGUGAAGGUGAGUUAAGACUUUAAGCUUCUUUGUUUAUUUUUAGAACUGGCAAGUGUCGCGAUUCGAGUAUUUUAUAGUUAAUACCGUGUUGCGAGGGCCAUUGUUUAAUGUCUUGGUAGUUUACAUACACAGUCGCUAAAUUAAGAUGUUUAGGAAGAGCUCAAGUGCAGAUUUCUUGGUACGAAAUUGUGGUUGCUUUACUCUUAAUUAAAUGUGUAACUUUUUGAGAGGCAAAUUUAGCUUCAAGUUGUUUUUAAGUUGCGAUCUUUCAUGCGUGCAAUGCGUUUCUCUUAUAGUUUUCAUGUUCGUUGCGUUUCAAUUGGAACCAGACGCUCAAGAGUAAUCUACUUAAAUAAACAGCGGCUUCCUGCAGAUUCUAGCGCUAUACCUCCGUCAAUUCGCUUCAAUGUUCGCGUGGUAAUAUUCAAAGUGUUCUUUAUGUGUUCUUGAUUGUUUGUUACAUCAAAGACUUAUGAUAUUAAUCGAGCGUCUUCGAGCGUGUCUACAUGAUAUUUAAGAAGGGAACACUUCAUUAUCACCUCUGGUGACUAAAUUAAUGGUAUCUCUUGAGAAAUCUCUUGGAUUUUUACCACAUAUUGCCCUGUGACCACAUUUUGAAACGUGGUGAAACAAUUUUUCAACGCGCUACGCAUGUAUUUUUGGAAGUUACGAAUUAGCGAAUGAACGAAGUUUCGGUGAAAAAAAUAUUCACUAGAGCAUCUUUUGAAUGGUGUUUAUUGCGAUUAAUAUAGUUCAAUUUGUUUUCACUCGAAGGUCUUUGCCUCUAAAUGCUUUUCACGCUUUGUCAGUUUGCUUGUUAUGGAAGAGGAUAUGUCAUAAUUGUUCCCUUACUUUGUCUGUUUUUCCCACUUUUUUUUUCUUUCAAUCUGCGUUGUUCGCACAAGGUCCAUCAAAGUUUUGAACAUGAUCAAUUGAUCAUAACUUCACCUGUCGUGAAUAAACUUUCGGAGACAAUCGAUCUUGUUUACCUUUGCUUCCCAAAGGAUCACCAGAACCUUUUGUGCGACAGCUUGCUUCUAAAUUUACAUAAUGUGGCGGUAAUGUUUAUUGUGGAUCCUGUUGACCAUAUGUUCCUCGUAGAUCGAGUAAUUCGUAUAGUACAAGGAUUUAUGUCCUACGAAAUAUGUGUAAUGUAGGCAGAGAAAUUUAAUAUAAUCUAUCAAAACAUUGUCCUCUCCUAAGGAGACAAACUGAUCAUUCCCUUGAGAGCCGAUUUAAUAUCGCAGUUAGCGUCAUGAUUACGUGAACAUAAAACAUGAAAACACCAUGCGAACAUCCCGGAAACUUGAGCUUCCUGUUGAUUAUUAGUUUCGUAAUAGGUAAUUCAUAGUAUCAGAUGGCUAAUAUAUAGUUCUAAUAUGUUUGUUUUUGUUUUUUUUUCUUAAAGGCAGAAAUGUCAGCAAUUUCAGUGUUAUGGACAGUUUUGUCUCUAGUUCUACUGUUCACUUGUACCUUGGCAUUAUUUUCUCCGUUUUGGCAUGAACACCUUCCUGAUCCUUUGUCAACAAACAACAGUGAGUCCUUUACAGCAUUUGGUCUUCUACGAUUCUGCUUCCAGGAGCAAUUUGUGACUUUACAAGAGAUAGAUGCUUGGAGAUCCUCAAAAUAUUGCUCUUUUUAUGAGAAUAUUUUCUCUGGAAUCCCUUCUAUUUACUGGAAGGGUGCUGCUAGUACCUAUGCACUUGCACUGGUUCUGUUAUUGGGUGCACUUUUCCUUGCACAUGUAGCAUGCUGCCAAAGAUUUAUUUGUGGAAAGUCUGUCUUUGCCAUUGCUGGAGUUAUGCAGAGCAUUGCAGGUAAUUACGAUAUGUGGAUGAAAUAGUUCCAUAUAUUUUUUUAUGGGAAAAUGAACUACAGGAAUCAUUAUGCUCAGUCUUGAUUUUUCAGUUUUCUUUUUUGGUGUUUCAGUUUCAGAAAUUGCGACUGUUUUUUCUGGUUACAGAUAUUGGGUGGGAAGGCUAAAACUAGGGGAAUUUACUCUCACUCAAAUGGCAGGCUAGACAGUUCAACUAAUACUGACAGAUUAAAAUGGCAUUGUUAAUCAGAGCUGUUGUUUAUGAGCCAGAAUUAGAUCAGUCAGGUCAUAAGCUGAAAGCAAAAUUUUACACAGUUCAAGCCAAACGAGAGCCCUACACUUUUGUAACCCACAGAAGUCUAUAAGCAGAUCCAGAUCUAAGGAGGCAAAUGUUUUGACUUUGUCAUACUAUUAAUCACUAAGGAAGCUUUCUAAGCAUGAAAGCUAGUUUUAAUGUUGUUAGAACUGUAGUUGAACCAUCAAAUGCUCAUCAUCAGGUUGGAAAUGCACUCUGGUAAAAAUAACUUCUUCUCAAAUUCAAAGCAGACUUUGCUUGAUAGAGGUUAAAGUUGUCAUGUUUAAAUCAGAAACUUAACAAAAGGUUGGUGGGCACAUAAUUUUUUUAAAAUUUAUGACCCAUGGUUCACCAAGAUCUAUGGGUGUUUAAUAUAUAUAAUAAAGAAAUAUAAUAAAUAGUAUACUUUUGUGUUUUGCAGUGGCUCUUUUGGUAGUCAGUCUGCUGGUGUACCCAUUUGGUUUCAAAUCCACUUAUGUUCAGCAGCACUGUGGUAGCUCAAGUGGGUUUUUUACAUCUGGGGCUUGUGACAUUGCCUGGGGUUAUGUACUAGCUAUUGUAAGCACAGCAUUGCUUUUUUUCUGUCCAAUGAUUGCCUACCAUCUCUCAGUGGCAAGACCAAGGUCAAAGGCAACCGUGGUAUAAACAGUUUCACAAUGGUCUUCUUUUAUAUUGACAAAGAACUUCAGUAGAAAAAAAGACAAGAUCAAUUAAUUGCAAGCCCACUAGUAAAUUACUAAAAUGGCUGAUAGUUUUUAUUUUUCUUCCCAAUAUUGAAUGUCAAAAGGUCAUAGUACCAGUAGUUGGUUCAGAUCAGAUUUUAAUCAAAUUAGACUCAUUUAUAUAAUUAUACAAUAUAUAGUGCGCUUUGAAAUAAUUAAAACAUAGUAAAUAAUGUUCAUACAUGGCUGGCUCCAUGAGUGGGUGAGAUGAAGGAAUCCUGUGUCCCAAUUGGCCACUAGAGCCAAUCAGGAUUAUGUAGUCUGAUUCUUAGAAUAGAGAAAAAAAAUCGCCGUGUAGCCAGUUUUCCUUUUUCGGUCAUUUCUUAACAAAAAAAACUCAGCAUAUUUUACAAUAACUAAGCCUCUUUUGUUUGUUUUCACCAUUUUUUGUGUUAUUAUGGUCCUUGACUCCGUCCAGGUCCCUGAUGAAGCUUUGAAAGAACUUAGCUAAUAUUAGUUCAAGUAUGGAUUGGUAUUCAUUUAAAGCAGUAAAGCAGUAUUUUCAGCAUGUACCAUAGAGAUUAUAAACAAAGAGCAUCUUUGGCAACAAAUGGUUAAAUGAAUACAUGACUAAUUUUAGCAGACCAUAAGAUGCUAUGCCUCAGUUAGAACCUAAGUUAUUUGCCUCUUUUAUUUCUUUUUUUUUUUAAUUAAGUAAGGUUUUAUAUACUUUUUUAUUCUACUGAGAAUCCUUGAAUGGUCCUAGAUUUUCUCUUUGCUAUGAAACUCUUAACCAGGUGAACAAAGUUUUAUCUAAUUGUAUCUUGUCCACCCAGAGUAACUGUGUUAAAUUUGAAAAAAAUGAUUGUAUCCAAGUGAAUUUUCCCAUGGAGUUGGUAGAUCUGUUAUAUAUCUUACAGAGGAGUGUAUAAAAUUUUACAUUUAUAAAAACAAAUCAAGGAUUUAAGAUUUGCUCAAGUGAUGAUGAAAAUGGAAUAUUUAGCUGUUGUGAACACAGGCAAGAAGUACUAGAUUUUUUCAGUUAUUCAACGAGUUGCCUUGGAAAACAAAUACUAUAUUUCCCUUUAUAUGUGACAUAUGCAAGGAAAAAAUGAAAUUUUAUGGUUGCAGAACAUUAUUCAAACAGUCUCUGUGCACCUGCUUGAAAAAUUUUGAAAACAAAACUUUAGUUAAUGAUAUGAGUUCUAUCAUAUAUUGAGUGACUAUGGCAAGUCAUAUACUGGUAACUUAUGUACUGGAGACAGAGCAAAAUGUUUUGCACAUGAUAAUGGGUAAAACAUACUCUAUUCAACACAUUAAAAUACAUUUUGCACAUUUAAUUUUGCACAUCAAGAGUAUUAAUUAGAAUGGUAUAAUUAUUAGAAAUCUAAUAAAUAAAAAAUACAUUUCUCCUGGC